AUGACGCCAUCUAUUGAUUCUAACAUCACUCAGAGUCUCUCCACUUUUGAACAACCUACAGACCGAGCAAAUAGUUCAGGUGUUUCAAGUUUGUGGCAAGAAGUGGUUGCUCGUCUCGAAGCUUCAGUCGAACAUGAUAUAUGCUCAGAUGAUCCAUUAUUAGUAAUAAAAUCUAUUCGGAUUCUUCGUCAAUUCGUCGUGGCUAGUGUAAUGAACAAGCUGGUUGUUGGAAAUAGCUCUGUUCUUCGUCCUCGGUUGCUCAAUUCACUUGGUCGUUUAAAUCAGUGGUCUGCCACACAUAUCAAUGUAUGUAUUGACUUAUUUGGCUUAGUCAACAGUCUAGUUCGAGAUUGCUCUUCAUUGUCAGAGGAUAUUCUUAAUCACCCGGAACUUUUGACUAAUUUCAUGAAUUUAAUUUAA